AUGCUUCGUAAAACUGGAGAUUUCUUGAUUCGAAGUACAGAACCUAAGCAAGGAGAAGCACGCCAAUAUGUGCUCUCGGCGAUGCAAAACGAAGAGUUGGAGGAUGCGGGGGUUAAGCAUUACGUGAUGCGUGUUAAUGAUAAAGAUCAGAUAUUUCUGGAAACUAAGGGGUUCGAGACGAUUUCCUCAUUAGUUAAUUACUAUGUAUCCUCAAAGGAUCCCAUCAAAAAGAUGACCAUUCUAAAAACUCCUAUUGUAAAACAAGACUGGGAAAUUGAACAUUCACAGGUAGAACUAGUGAAAAAACUAGGAGAAGGUGCUUUUGGCGAAGUCUGGAAAGGAAAAAUUACGAUGAAAAAUGGGAAAGUGGAAGACUGUGCAAUCAAGACGGCAAAGCUUGAAGCCCUGAACAAGGAACAAAUCAAAGAAAUCAUGCGGGAAGCUCGACUCAUGCGAAAUUUGGAUCAUCCAAACGUGGUUAAAUUUUUUGGUGUCGGUGCAGGACAAGAACCUCUUUAUGUCAUCAUGGAGUUGGCAGACUGUGGUGCUCUUGACACAUACUUACAAAAAAAUCCAAACCUUCAACCUCCAAAAAAGAUGGAAAUGAUUUAUCAAGCUGCUUGUGGAAUUGGUUACAUGCAUGAAAAGAAACUUCUCCAUCGUGAUAUUGCUGCCCGAAACUGUCUUUAUGGAGGCGGACAAGUGAAGAUUGCUGAUUUCGGAUUAUCACGCGAAGGCAUCGUUUAUCAAAUGGAAAUGACGAAGAAAGUUCCCAUUCGAUGGUUGGCUCCGGAGACGUUGAAAACUGGAAUUUACAGUCCGAAAACUGAUGUAUUUGCUUUCGGAAUAAUGGCAUGGGAGAUCAGUGAGAACGGCAAAGAACCAUAUCCAGAUAUGCGUGUAGCCGAAGUUGUUCCACAAGUGAAGAGUGGCUAUCGUAUGCGAUUCGAUCCAGUUCUUGUCGAUUUUCGUUUUGGAGAUUAUGUUACGACAACUUUCUCGUUGAAGCCUGUUAUUCAGGCAUGUCCGAUUAAAGAGCAAGAGAUGAAAACAAUGAAAGCUAUAUCGACAAAACGUAAGGAAAAGAAAGAGAAGAAAACUAAAAAAGACAAGAACAACAAUACAACGACAAAAACUGAAGAUCAUGACAAGGCUUGA